AUGAGCAGCGAGGAGGUGGCCCGGGCGGAUGACCUCGCCCGGGUCAUCAGUGAUUCACAGUCGGGGUUGGCAAGACUCCAAUACCAUUUAGCCAUCUCCGCCGAUAUCCCCGGAGCCAUUUUCUCCUCCUUUGACGACAUUUCCCCUUAUGUUGUCGACAACAACGACCCUACUGUCCUAGGUGUCGCUCUGUCCGCUGAAUACAUCAACAUGCCUCGUAGCUUGUUCGACACUUCCGGCCUCGGUGUCCAGACUGGCGCCCUCUCGUCACGACGAGUCUUACUCUCUGGUCUACCUGGGUCGGCCACGGUUGCUCAGGUAGCCGGAGGAGUCGCUGCCAUGGGUGGCAUCGUCAGCAUUUUUGUUAACCGUGACCUCCGCGCAGGCACGCUUCCCGGGCAGUUGUCUGCGAUAAUCGAAUUCGUCUUCUCCGUUGACGCCGCCAGAUACGUACAUUUCGUCGCUACCCAUGGAAUUUGGUUCGUGGAUAUGAAGGGGCUUCACCACGAAGUUUCAGCUCGGCAUAUCCUCACACCGUCAAACACAAUCGUACCAAUCCACCCAAGAAAUUGUGAUAUUGACGAUAACGGAUUAUCAGGUCGAUGCAUUCGGCUUGAGGCAUUCCCGAUCAUAGCCGUUUGGGCUCUUCUCAAGGACUUUGGCAUUCGGCACAUUGUUAGAAGCGAGAUAACAUUGGAAAACGAUUGUGCAACCAAGGGGCACCUCCAUAUCGAAUUUACCAAUGUUUUUGAGUCUACGCGAAUGUGUGGCCAACUGCUCGGUGGCCGUUUUUACCAUUACCGUCCGACUCCGGCACAAAUUUCGCUUGCAUGGUGUCCAUCUGACCGAGAUGUUGAGGAGAUCGGAAUAACGAUCAUCGCCCAUGUUGAUAACGAUGAGGUAGAAUCCCACUGGAACCGUCGACCCUUCAACUGGAUUAUACCCACCCAGUUCGGGGCACGUCUUAUCUCAUCAACCCCAACGAGCCAGGAGGCUACCGUGACCAUCCUGGGAGAUGACGGGCAAUUGCGAAGUAUACCUCAUACCGAAGUCACGGCAAGCAUGAGAGCUAAUGGCACAAACUAUAUUCUCCUCGGCGACACUAUCUAUGCAGGCCACCCAAUCACCCUCAACAAUCCCCACGGAGUUCACAAUCGCGUUUUCGGUCCGGCACUAGUUCGAAUGAAAAAGCUGUAUGUCCUGGCUCCCGGCUGGGAGAGUUUUUGGGACGAGCUGUCUAAAGCUCAGGGCAUCAAUAUCCGGGCAUUCUAUGAGUACGCCAGAGUGGCGUUCCUACGACGAGUUGACAACCAGCUUCAUGGCCGGCCGGACUGGGACGCAGGUGGUAUUCUGGAGAACACAAACACACCGGCCAUCAUUCUCUCCUACUCUCGCCCACACUUGUUCCGAAAGGUCAUCAGCACAACCGAAUAA